AUGAUUUGGCAGCCACUAAAUCUAUCAGAAGUUUGUCCACCCCAUUCUCCUGUCAAAGCUUGCUCGUCCUUUGGAUAUGUUUAUCUCAACCUCCUGGUACAUUUAUACGGAGGCUCCAAAGACGAGGAAAUUAAGAAGAAAUGUGAUACUCAAAGAGAUGAGGAGACACCAGACAAAUACGACUUCAUAGUGGUUGGUGCCGGGUCGUCGGGAUGUGUGGUGACCAAUCGACUAUCAGAGAAUGAUAGAUGGCAGGUAUUAGUUCUAGAAGCUGGUUCUGAUGAGCCCAACAUGACCUACGUGCCGGCGCUCUACAGAGUGUUGUUGGGGUCUAACAUUGACUGGGGGUUUAAAACGAAGCCUAACGGGAAAAGCUGCCUGGCUCGCCCUGAAGGCAGUUGUCCGUGGCCCAGAGGUAAAGUGAUGGGCGGUUCAAGUUCAAUCAACUCAUUAGCUUACAUCAGGGGAAAUAGAGCGGACUACGACGGCUGGGCGGCGAUGGGCAACCCGGGGUGGAGCUACGAGGACGUGAGUACUCAUAUAGCAUGGAUAUUGUGGAACUUAUGCACAUACACACCAUAUUCCAACAUUAACUGCCUCGGUGGAGUAGUGGCUAGCAUGUUCGGCUGCACACCGGGAGGUCCUGGGUUCGAGUCCCGGGUAUUCCCGUACUUCAUUAAAUCAGAAAAUAAUUUAAAUAUUGGUUCGUUAAAUCCAAGCUAUCAUGGGAUUGGAGGAGAACAAUAUAUUUCUUACUUACCCUACAUCGACGACCCUACACUUAUGUUAAUAGACAGUUUCCUUGAAAGAGGAUUCCCCAUUAUUGAUUACAACGGCCGGGAACAAGUUGGAAAUAAUCAAGCGCAGGCAUUUUCUAUCAACGGCGAAAGAGUAUCAACUAAUAGAGCUUUCAUAAAACCCAUAAGAUAUAGAAGAAAAAACCUAGCCGUCGAAACAAACGCUGAAGUGACAAAAGUUUUAAUUGAUGAAAACAAAAAAGCGUAUGGAGUGAAUUACGUGCAAAAUAAUAUAAAACGAACAGCUUAUGCUAAGAAAGAAGUAAUUAUUUGUGGAGGAACUAUAAGUUCUCCUAAGCUUUUGAUGUUAUCGGGCAUUGGCCCAAAGGAACAUUUAGAAAAUGUAGGCAUUACUGUCAUACAAGAUUUGCCAGUUGGAAAAAAUUUACAUGAUCACGUGUCUUUUAAUGGAAUUAUACUUGCUCUAUCAAAUGAAACGGCCACAACUGUUAGUGACGAUCAGGUACUACAAGAUAUUAAGGAAUACGAUAGUAUGAGAAUCAAAAUGGGACCUUUAUCAGGAAAUGGACCGGCGAAUUUUAUAGCAUUUGCUAAAACCGAACCAAGCUUAGACGCUCCUGACGUUGAAUUUCAAGUUGGUCACGAACCAGAUUGGAGAGAUUUGAUAGACCAUCUGGAUACAGUGGACGCAGCUUCUAUUCUGCCCACAGCUUAUUACAACGGAUUGACUCCUAGAGUUAUGAAUUUAGUCCCUAAAAGUCGAGGAGAGAUUCUGUUAAACGCAUCCAACCCAGAUGGUCCGCCAUUAAUUUUUCCAAAUUACCUUGAUGAUGAAAAUGAUUUUAUACCAUUAUUGAAAGGUGUAGACAUAUUAUUGUCACUAGAAAAUACUACAGCUUUUAGAACGAACGGAGCUUAUUAUGUAAGAGAGGAGAUUUCGGCGUGCAAAGACUACGAGUGGGGCACAAAAGAGUACUUCAUAUGCUUGGCCAAAACCUACACUUCCACAACAUACCAUCCAGUAGGAACGUGCAAAAUGGGUCCAAAGAGUGACAAGACGGCUGUUCUGGACAACGAGCUCCGGGUGCACGGGGUCGAAGGUCUGAGAGUGAUCGAUGCGUCGAUGAUGCCGGUGAUUGUGAGAGGAAACACUAACGCCCCAGCUAUGAUGAUAGGGGAGAGGGGGGUCGACUUCGUUAUUAAAUACUGGAAUCGUUUCAAGACAGGAAGC